CUACUGCAGGCUUCUUCUUCCUCAGCUCCUCUUCUUUCUGGGUGUUGCUCUUGACGGCAGAAAUGGCCGCAGCUGGUGAGGUCAUCAAAUGCAAGGCAGCAGUGGCCUGGGAACCCAACAAACCAUUGGUGAUUGAGACUAUAGAAGUAGCCCCUCCCCAGGCCAAUGAGGUCCGAAUCAAGAUUGUGUCGACUGCAAUCUGCCACUCGGAUAUGUAUCACCUUUUGGAAAAUAAGCACGAAGGAGGUUUUCCGGUCGUCCUCGGCCAUGAAGCAGCCGGCAUUGUAGAGAGCGUCGGUUCUGGAGUUACUGAAUUUCAACCAGGAGACAAGGUGAUUCCUUUGUUCCUCAGCCAGUGUCGGGAAUGUCGCUUCUGCAAGAAUCCAAAAUCUAACCAUUGUGAGAAAGGAUGGGCCGCCCGUUAUAAGGAGAUGUGUGAGGAGGACAGCAGGCUUUCCUGCAAGGGUCAGAAGUUGUAUCAGUUUGUGGGAACCAGCACCUUCUCAGAGUACACCGUGGUGAAGCAGAUCAGUGUGACUAAGAUUGACCCUGCAGCUCCCCUGGACAAAGUCUGUCUCCUCGGCUGUGGAGUCUGCACAGGAUACGGAGCGGCAGUGAAUACUGCAAAGGUCGAGCCGGGCUCCACCUGUGCUGUCUUUGGCCUCGGAGCUGUGGGUUUGGCUGCUGUCAUGGGCUGCAAGGCUGCAGGAGCAGAGAGGAUUAUUGCAGUCGACCUCAACCCUGAGAAGUUUGAGAAGGCCAAAGUGUUUGGUGCCACCGACUUUGUGAACCCCAAAGAUCAUGACAGACCCAUCAAUGAAGUGCUGUAUGUAAUGACUAAUGGAGGAGUGGACUACUCCCUGGAAUGUGUUGGGAAUGUGGAAGUCAUGCGCAGCGCUUUGGAGUCCUGUGUGAAAGGCUGGGGUGUCAGUGUCGUGGUUGGCUGGACUGAUAUGGCGGACGUUGCCACGAAGCCAAUUCAGCUCAUCGUAGGUCGCACAUGGAAAGGCUCCUUGUUUGGAGGGUUCAAGAGUAAGGACAGUGUGCCCCUGAUGGUUCAAGCCUACCUGGACAAGAAGAUCAAACUGGAUGAGUUUAUCACUCACAACAUGACCUUGGAUCAGAUCAAUGAUGCCAUUGAUCUGAUGAAAGCAAGCAAAUGCAUCCGAGUGGUCCUGAAUAUUUCACCACAAUAAGAUGACCCAUUGUUUGGGCAGUGAAAGCAGCAUAAUGUCAUUUCAUAACCUCUGCUUAUAUCGAAUUGUAAGAUGACUUUUGCUGUGUGUCAUAAUAAAGAGCUUAUGAUAAUAUAACACUUAAAAGUUUUUAUAAGAUGUGUAAAUGGAAUGGGAUUAAAGCAUAGUGAAGAGAGAUGAAAUUCCACGUAAAACCCUAAAUUUGGAUUUAAAAAUGGGUGCAGAGGGGAUGCCAGUGAUACUUUGACAACUGCAUCCCUCUCACGUGUUGCUUGGCCAGCUGUGCCAUCUACUACUAUAAGCAACAUGUUGCUCAUCAUCUUAUCCCAAGGUUCUUGAAAUGGAGCAAUAUCUCCACCUAGUGGGCAUUUAAUAUUAAUGCAGGUAAAAUAGAGUUAAUGCAGGUACAACAGAAUUUCAACACAAGCUCUAGUAGCAUAUUUCUAUAUAUCUCCCACAGUUCAACACAAGCCAUUGGCAAUAAUGAUGAAAGGAUCACAAUGAUGAGGAAAAAUGCCAAACUGGUUUUCGAGCUUUAUACCAAACAUCGAGUGAGGCUGAAGGUUUUUAGCCAUGCUAAUGCCCCCUACAGCCAUUUUACUGAAAAAAAAAAUCUGAUGGUGAAGAGCUUUGCUCAUUAAUGUCAACGACAUAAACACAUUAUUUACUGUUGUUGUAAAUUACAUUGAUCAUUCAAUAAAUCUACCAAUCUUGAGAAUACAGAAGU